GCGGCCCAGGGGCUUUUGCGGUGUAGCUACUGUGGCCAGGCGGGCCAGCCCCUGCUGGCGUCCCCCGGGGUGACAGGCGACUGAUCCGAGCGCACCGAGAGUCCGGACCGCGUGCGCCAGGUUGUGUCUUCCGUGCAGGCGCCGAGUCGGGAAGGUUGGGGAGUCGGAGGGGUGUUUUCAAUUCAUUCGAGAAACGUUCGCUUUGAAACCUGGAAACUUUUCCUUGGAGUUUCGGGAAGGGGGAUCGUCUACUCUGAUGGUUUUACUGGUCUGGCCAUGCUGUUUUGUUUCUUUGGGACUGCUUUCCGCCGUGAGUAUUGUCAAAGGAGCAGAGGAGCAGAGGCCGUCCGGGCUGCUCCUACCAGACCGGGAGGUGACGAUUUAGGGGUUCAGAUAAACCACCCCUAGGCAGCAGCGGAGAUCCGAAGGAAGGUGAUGCCCUUUUACCGAACCUUGGGAGCUGAUCCAGAACCCAUCUGUGCCUCCUACAAGACCACAUCGGAGAGCCAGGCCCAAGAUGAACCCGCAUCCUAUUGGCUCACAGUGCUCCAGACCAUUCGACUGAACCCCGAGAGCCCAAAAAUGUCUGCGUGCAGUGACUUUGUGGAGCACGUCUGGAAACCUGGAUCCUGCAAGAACUGCUUCUGCUUACGGAGCGACCACCAGCUAACAACUGGCCAUCCCAAGGCUCGAGCAAGCAGCCUACCCGCCGUGACUCGCCUGCCUGCCCGGCCCGAGAACUGCCGCCUAGAAGAUGACGGCGUGAAUGGCUUCUCCUACUCAAAGCCCACAAUUGCUGUAAAGCCCACCAUGAUGAGUUCUGAAACCUCCGACUUGUGGGCUGAGGCCAGCCUGAGCGCUGAAGUCCCGAAGGUCAGCUGGAGAAGAGCCCCAGGCAAGCUCCCAUUCCAGAAACAGGAAGAUGGGCCGAUAGUUUACCUAGGCAGCUUCCGAGGAAUGCAGAAGCCUUCAGGCACCCUCGCCUGCACAGAUGGCAACUCUUGUCCCCCAGCCUACACCAUGGUUGGACUGCACAACCUAGAUGCCCGAGUGGACAGGAGCACCGCCUUUCAACCUGUAAGCUUCCAGGAAGAGAAGGCUGGGAGGGAAGAUCUGCCCUCGGCUCAGCAGAGCUUCCGCCAGAAGCUAGCUGCCUUUGCAGGGAUGACAUCCAGCUGUUCCAAGGGCCCCAGGCCCUGCCCUUCUCCACAGCCCCCGAGGGAGUCCCUGCCCUCAGAGGAUGACAGUGACCAAAGGUGCUCACCCUCUGGAGACAGCGAAGGUGGAGAGUACUGCUCCAUUCUGGACUGUUGUCCGGAAUCCAAGGAUGCUGUGCAUAACCCUGAGGGCUCUGGCAGACGUGGCGGGGAUCUCUCACCCAUGUGCUGGGAGCAGGGGACAUGUACAAGACCCACAGAAGAGGAAAAGCGACUUCUGGACUUCCCCAGAGAGUGUUGUGGCCAGGGAUCCACCACGAACCCUCCCCGUCUGGGUCCCAAGAAGCUAUCCCUUAACUCGGAGGCUGCCAGCUCUUCAGACGGCCUGUCCUGUGGCAGUGGCAGCAGCGGUGCCAGCAGCCCCUUUGCUCCCCACCUUGAGAAUGACCACUGCUCUCUUGUGAAGGAACCAGCUGCGGGGAAGCAGCAGGACUCCGGUUGCCAUGGGAUCACCUCUGGCAAAUGUGUGGGGCAAGUCGGGGAGCUCCAGCCCCCAGCCCUUCCCAGGGAGGCUGUGCAGCCUGAACCCAUCUAUGCUGAAAGUACCAAGAGGAAGAAGGCGGUGCCCGUGCCUUCAAGGCCCGAAACCAAGGCAGAGCAGGUAGCCGCUGGCCACAGCCAGGGCCAAGUAUGGACAGGUGACACCUGGGCUCAAAAGACUUCAGGCACAAAUAUGCCUCCUCAGGUGGCAACCACCAUCACUGUCAUUGCUGCCCACCCAGAAGAGGACCAUAGGACUAUCUACCUGAGCAGCCCUGACUCCGCAGUGGGGGUGCAGUGGCCAAAUGGGCCUUCGAGCCAGGACGCACAGGCUGGUGAAGAGGAACCGUUGGCUAUGCAGGGGCUAAGCUCAAGGGAGAGCCAUCCACAUAAUGUGACUGAAAACACGCCCAAAGAGAAGCCCGCCAUUCCUCCUAAGCUGUCCAAAAGCAGCCCGGGAGGGUCCCCAGCGUCACCCGCAGCCUCCCCUCUGACUGACCACAGCGAUGGGAACGUUGGUGGCAGCUGCGCGGGACCCCAGCCUUUGUCUAGAGUUCCAACUAACAGAACUUCUUCCUGCCAGACCAAUGGUGUUGCUGCCGCCGCCGGGGACCCUGCCAAGUGUCCCCCACCAGCCACCUCCUCUUCGGCCUUGGACCAGAGACGACCAAGAUACCAGACUGGUGCUUGGAGCCGCCAGUGUCGGAUAGAGGAAGAAAACGAGGUAGGGCAGGAACUGUUGAGUCAAAGUUGGGGGCGAGAAGUGGAAAAUGGUACCACAGACCAUUCAAACUCCUCUACCUGGCACCGGUUCCAUCCCACCACCGACGGCUCCUCUGGGCAGAACAGCAAAGCUAGCUCUGGGAUGAGCAAAUCGGCUUCCUUUGCCUUCGAGUUCCCCAAAGACAGAGGCAGGAUGGAGGCAUUCUCACCACCGCCCCCACCUCCAAAGUCAAGGCACCUGUUAAAAAUGAACAAGAGCAGCUCUGACUUGGAAAAAGUGAGCCAGAGUUCUGCAGAAAGCCUCAGCCCGUCCUUCAGAGGGGCUCACGUCAGCUUCACCACGGGCUCCACGGACAGCCUUGCCUCAGACUCCAGGACCUGCAGCGAUGGAGGUCCAUCAUAUGAACCCGCCCACUCACCCACCAUCAGCGGGAAAAAACUCUUUGCUCCUGUCCCUUUUCCAUCGGGCUCCACAGAGGAUGUAUCUCCCAGUGGUCCUGCGCAGCCUCCCCCUCUGCCCCAGAAAAAGAUAGUGAGCCGUGCAGCCUCAUCCCCUGAUGGCUUCUUCUGGACCCAAGGCUCCCCUAAACCACGGACAGCAAGCCCCAAGCUGAACGUAAGCCACUCAGAAACCAAUGUCUGUGUCCACGACGAGCUUCUUUUUAGCUAUUCCUUAAACUCUGGAGACGCCGCCCACCAUGUCUUCUCCUCUUCUGAGCCUCUGGAGAAAGCUUUCAAAGGCAGUGGCCCCUGGGGUCCAGCUCUGGGCCUAGCAGGCAGCAAGGGCGGCUGUGGGAGCCCCGGUCUCCAGUGCAGAACGGCCGCUUCCGCUUCCGCUUCAUCUUCCCAGCUCAGCGUGUCCAGCCAGGCCUCCUCCAGCAGCACCCAGCUUCAGCUGCACAGCCUCUUGAGUAGCAUCAGCAGCAAGGAAGGCACCUAUGCCAAGCUGGGAGGCCUCUACACACAGUCGCUGGCCCGCCUGGUGACCAAGUGUGAAGACCUCUUCAUGGGUGGCCAGAAGAAGGAGCUGCGCUUCAAUGAGAAUAACUGGUCACUCUUCAAGCUGACGUGCAACAAGCCGUGCUGUGACUCGGGGGAUGCGAUUUACUACUGCGCCACCUGCUCCGAAGACCCUGGCAGCACCUAUGCUGUGAAAAUCUGCAAAACCCCAGAACCCAAAUCAGCCUCCUACUGUAGCCCGUCUGUGCCCGUACACUUCAACAUCCAGCAAGACUGCGGCCACUUUGUCGCCUCUGUGCCCUCCAGCAUGCUCGCUUCCCCGGACACAUCCAGCAAGGACCCAGCGCCCGCUGCAGCCUCACAUUCCCCUUCCCAGGAGCAGGACUGUGUGGUGGUCAUCACCCGGGAGGUGCCACACCAGACCGCCUCCGACUUUGUGCGGGACUCCACGGCCAGCCAUCGGGCAGAGCCUGAGGUUUACGAGCGGCGGGUAUGCUUCCUGCUUCUGCAGCUCUGCAACGGGCUGGAGCACCUGAAGGAGCACGGGAUCAUCCACCGAGACCUGUGUCUGGAGAACCUGCUGCUGGCUCACUGCAGCCCUCAGGGCUCCCCAGGACCCUCUGCCACUCCCACCACCACCACCACCACCACCACACCCCGAUGCCCCUCGGCCACGCCCACAGCCACCGCUGCCUGCCAGGGAGGGCCUGGUGAAAAGCACCUGCCCAGGCUCAUCAUUAGCAACUUCCUGAAGGCCAAGCAGAAGCCAGGCGGUACCACCAACCUGCAACAGAAGAAGAGCCAGGCCCGGCUGGCCCCCGAGAUCGUGUCUGCCUCCCAGUACCGCAAGUUUGAUGAGUUCCAAACGGGCAUCCUCAUCUACGAGCUGCUCCACCAGCCCAACCCAUUCGAGGUGCGGGCCCAGCUGCGGGAGCGCGAUUACCGGCGGGAGGACCUACCCCCACUACCCACACUGUCCCUCUACUCUCCUGGCCUGCAGCAGCUGGCCCACCUGCUGCUCGAGGCCGACCCCAUCAAGCGCAUCCGAAUAGGUGAGGCUAAGCGGGUGCUGCAGUGCCUGCUCUGGGGGCCCCGGCGGGAGCUGGUGGAGCAGCCGUGCAGCUCGGAGGAGGUGUUGUGUAACACUCUGAACAACUGGAUCGACAUGAAGCGAGCCCUGAUGAUGAUGAAGUUUGCAGAGAAGGCGGUGGACCGCAGGCGGGGGGUGGAGCUGGAGGACUGGCUCUGCUGCCAGUACCUGGCCUCGGCAGAGCCCGGGGCCCUCCUACAGUCCCUGAAGCUCCUGCAACUUCUCUGAGCCUCCGGUCAGCCACUUCCGCCGCCGCGGCGGCCUUCCACGCCCGCCUUCCACGCCCGUCCCAUGCCCUUUCCUUGCCUGCGUCCUGGUUACCCUGGGUAAUGGUACAAAUGACUGUGGUCCUUGGAUGUAAUAUUUUAUAUAUAUACAUAUAUAAUAUAAAUAUGAAAGACCGAGGGUGUCAUUUCACACACGCCAGCCCCCUCUCCUCACAGAGCCCCCAUCCCUCCACCACCGCCUGUGUAAUUAUGUACAGUUGCAGCUUCAUGAAAGGCCCGACGGGAUGAAGCUGAGCGCCUGCCUCGCCACCCCACAAUGGAGUCUCCUCACCCUUUUGUCAAAUUGUUAUUUAAAAAACAAUCUCCACAAUAAAAGUCUUACAUUA